AUGGCUCCCCUUCCCAUCAAGUUUACAGAAGUGGUCAAUUUGACCAAUGUCGGCAUUGCGCCGGCAUCAAUUGGUUUUGCUUCAUGUACUUUAGAAUCGGAUCACUACGUCUGCAUUCGCCAGAAGCUCGACGAAGACGACAAGCCACAAGUCAUCAUCAUCGAUUUGAAGAACAACAACGAUGUCAUGCGACGCCCCAUCAACGCCGACAGUGCAAUCAUGCACUGGAACCGGAAUAUUAUCGCCCUCAAGGCCCAGGGUCGGACGGUCCAGAUCUUCGAUCUCGGUGCGAAGCAAAAGCUCAAGUCAGCGGUUCUGAAUGAAGACAUUGUCUACUGGAAAUGGUUCAGCGAGAAGUCCCUUGGUCUGGUCACUGAAACGUCGGUGUAUCACUGGGAUGUCUACGAUGCCACACAGCAGAACCCUGUCAAGAUGUUCGACCGUCUUCCUAAUCUGGCUGGAUGCCAAAUUAUCAACUACCGCGUCAACGCGGAGGAGAAAUGGAUGGUCGUGGUCGGUAUCAGUCAGCAGCAAGGCCGGGUUGUGGGAUCGAUGCAGCUGUACUCGAAAGACCGCGGCAUCUCACAGUUCAUCGAGGGCCAUGCCGCCGCAUUUGCGAACAUCAACGUCGAGGGCUCGCCUCUCCCCCACAGCCUUUUCACGUUCGCCGUUCGGACUCAAACCGGUGCGAAGCUGCAGAUUGCCGAGAUCGACCACCAAGAACCCAACCCCCGAUUCCAGAAGAAGGCUGUGGAGGUGUACUUCCCCCAGGAAGCAGUUAAUGACUUCCCUGUUGCCAUGCAGGUGUCCAGCAAAUAUGAUCUGGUCUACCUCGUGACCAAGUACGGCUUCAUUCAUCUCUACGACCUCGAAACUGGCACAUGCAUUUUCAUGAACCGCAUCUCCAGUGAAACCAUCUUCACUACGGCUUCGGACUCUGACGGCGCCGGCCUGGUUGGCGUGAACCGCAAGGGACAGGUCCUGGGCGUUAGUGUUGAUGAGAGCACGAUCAUCCAGUACCUCAUGGAGAACCCCGCCAUGUCCUCCCUGGCAGUAAAGCUUGCUUCCCGGGCUGGUCUUCCUGGCGCGGAUCACCUUUACCAGCAACAGUUCGACAACCUUAUUGCGCAGGGUAACUACCCUGAAGCUGCCAAGGUCGCUGCCAACUCCCCUCGCGGGUUCCUGCGGACACCGGACACCAUCAACCGCUUCAAGAAUGCACCUCAGACCGGUCAGAUGUCGGUCAUCUUGCAGUACUUUGGUAUGCUGCUCGAUAAGGGUUCACUUAACCGCUAUGAGAGUGUGGAGCUUGUUCGACCUGUUUUGCAACAGAACCGGAAGCACCUGCUGGAGAAAUGGAUGCGCGAGAAUAAGCUUGAGGGCUCGGAGGAGUUGGGUGACAUUAUUCGGCCUUACGAUAUGACUCUCGCCCUGAAUGUGUAUCUCCAGGCCAACAUUCCCCACAAAGUCGUUGCCGGUUUUGCCGAGACCGGUCAGUUUGACAAGAUUCUCGCAUACUCGAAGCAGGUCGGAUACCAACCCGACUACACGCAGCUGCUCCAGCACAUUGUCCGUGUCAACCCUGAGAAAGGUGCCGAGUUUGCUGCUCAGCUCGCCAAUGAGGAAGGCGGUGCUCUGGUCGACCUGGACCGGGUAGUCGACGUGUUCCUGUCCCAGAACAUGAUUCAACAGGCCACUUCGUUCCUCCUGGAUGCUCUGAAGGACAACAAGCCUGAGCAUGGCCAUCUGCAGACCCGUCUUCUGGAGAUGAACCUGGUCAACGCACCGCAGGUCGCGGAUGCCAUCCUUGGCAAUGAGAUCUUCACCCACUUUGAUCGCCCCCGCAUCUCUCAGCUUUGCGAGAAUGCUGGUCUGAUCCAGCGUGCCCUGGAGAACUCUGACGACCCGGCGGUUAUCAAGCGCAACAUCGUUCGCACGGACAAGCUCAGCCCAGAGUGGUUGAUGAGCUACUUCGGCCGUCUUUCGGUUGAGCAGACCCUCGAGUGCAUGGACACGAUGCUGGGAGCGAACAUUCGUCAAAACCUGCAGGCUGUGGUCCAGAUUGCCACCAAGUUCUCCGACCUUCUCGGUGCCAACCGUCUCGUGGACCUUUUCGAAAAGUACCGUACCGCGGAGGGUCUCUACUACUACCUCGGAAGCAUUGUCAACCUUAGCGAGGACCCUGAGGUGCACUUCAAGUACAUUGAGGCUGCCACUGCCAUGGGACAAGUCACCGAGGUCGAGCGGAUUUGCCGUGAGAGCAACUACUACAACGCCGAGAAGGUGAAAAAUUUCCUCAAGGAAGCACGGUUGACCGAGCAGCUCCCUCUUAUCAUUGUCUGCGACCGCUUCAACUUCAUCCACGACCUGGUCCUUUACCUCUACCAGAACCAGCAAUACAAGUCCAUCGAGGUGUACGUGCAACGGGUCAACCCUUCCCGUGCUCCUGCUGUGGUUGGGGGUCUGCUGGAUGUCGACUGCGAUGAGGGCAUCAUCAAGAAUCUUCUGUCGACUGUCGAUCCCUCUGUGAUCCCCAUCGACGAGCUUGUCCAAGAGGUUGAGAGCCGCAACCGUCUGAAGCUGCUCCUGCCGUUCCUCGAGGCCACCCUUGCCACUGGCAACCAGCAGCAGGCGGUGUACAACGCUCUUGCGAAGAUCUACAUCGACAGCAACAACAACCCUGAGAAGUUCCUCAAGGAGAACGACAUGUACGACACCUUGACUGUCGGAAAGUACUGCGAGAAGCGUGACCCCAACCUGGCGUACAUUUCCUACCGCAAGGGCCAGAAUGACCUGGAGCUCAUCAGCAUUACCAACGAGAACUCCAUGUACCGUGCCCAGGCCCGCUACCUUGUCGAGCGUGCCGACCCCGAGAUCUGGAGCUUCGUGCUGAGCGAAAACAACAUCCACCGUCGUUCGCUCGUUGACCAGGUUAUCGCCACUGCGGUCCCCGAGUCCACCGAGCCCGACAAGGUCUCCGUGGCCGUCAAGUCCUUCCUCGAGGCCGAUCUUCCUGGUGAGCUGAUUGAGCUUCUGGAGAAGAUCAUUCUGGAGCCCUCGCCUUUCAGCGACAACAGCAGCUUGCAGAACCUCCUUAUGUUGACCGCUGCCAAGGCCGACAAGGGACGCUUGAUGGAUUACAUCCACCAGCUCAACGAAUUCUCUGCCGAUGAAAUCGCCGAGAUGUGUAUCAGCGUUGGCUUGUACGAGGAGGCCUUCGAGAUCUACAAGAAGGUCAACAACAACCUUUCGGCCGUCAACGUUCUUGUGGAGAACAUCGUGAGCAUCGACCGCGCCCAGGAGUUCGCAGAGCGUGUCGAGCUGCCCGAGGUGUGGAGCAAGGUUGCCAAGGCUCAGCUGGAUGGCCUUCGUGUCUCCGACUCGAUUGAGUCCUACAUUCACGCUGCCGACCCGUCGAACUACAACGAGGUGAUCGAGACAGCUACCCAUGCCGGUAAGGAUGAGGACCUUGUCAAGUUCCUUCGUAUGGCCCGCAAGACUCUGCGGGAGCCAGCCAUCGAUACCGGACUCGCCUUCUGCUUCGCUCGUCUGGACCAGCUUCCCGAGCUUGAGGACUUCCUUCGAACUACCAACGUGGCCGACGUCGAGGCCUCGGGUGACAAGGCUUACGAGGAGGGCUACCACCAGGCCGCCAAGAUCUUCUUCACCAGCAUUUCGAAUUGGGCCAAGCUGGCGACCACCUUGGUGCACCUGGAGGACUACCAGGCUGCGGUGGAGUGUGCCCGCAAGGCCAAUAGCGUAAAGGUCUGGAAGCAGGUUAACGAGGCCUGCGUUGACAAGAAGGAGUUCCGCCUCGCCCAGAUUUGCGGUCUCAACCUCAUCGUCCAUGCGGAGGAGCUGCAGGCCCUUGUGCGUCAAUACGAGCGCAACGGCUACUUUGACGAGCUCAUUUCCGUCCUGGAGGCUGGUCUUGGUUUGGAGCGGGCUCACAUGGGCAUGUUCACCGAGCUGGGCAUCGCUCUGUCCAAGUACCAUCCGGAUCGCGUCAUGGAGCACCUGAAGCUCUUCUGGUCUCGUAUCAACAUUCCCAAGAUGAUCCGCGCCAGCGAGGAAGCCAACCUCUGGCCGGAGCUGGUCUUCUUGUACUGCCACUACGACGAGUGGGACAACGCCGCCCUCGCGAUGAUGGAGCGUGCGGCCGAUGCCUGGGAGCACCACUCGUUCAAGGACAUAAUCGUCAAGGUUGCUAACCUCGAGAUCUACUACCGGGCGCUGAACUUCUACCUGCAAGAGCAGCCUCUCCUUCUUACCGACCUGCUCCAGGUUCUGACUUCUCGCAUCGACGUCAACCGUGUUGUGCGCAUCUUCCAGAGCUCAGACAACAUCCCUCUUAUCAAGCCGUUCCUGCUGAAUGUCCAGACCCAGAACAAGCGGGCGGUCAACGAUGCCAUCAACGAGCUUCUGAUCGAGGAGGAAGACUAUAAGACCCUGCGCGACUCUGUGGACAACUAUGACAACUUCGACGCCGUGGACCUCGCCCAGCGUCUCGAGAAGCACGACCUAAUCUUCUUCCGCCAGAUUGCGGCCAGCAUCUACCGCAACAACAAGCGCUGGGAGAAGUCGAUUGCACUGUCGAAGCAGGACAAGCUCUACAAGGAUGCCAUUGAGACGUCUGCCAUCUCCAACAAGGCUGAGGUUGUGGAGGAUCUGCUCCGCUACUUCGUCGAUAUUGGAAGCCGCGAGUGCUACGUGGGCAUGUUGUACGCCUGCUACGAGCUGAUCCGACCGGACGUCAUCAUGGAGAUCUCAUGGCGCAAGGGCCUGCACGACUUCACGAUGCCGUUUAUGAUCAACUUCCUCUGCGAGCAGACGCGGGCGAUCGAGACGCUUAAGAAGGACAAUGAGGAGCGCAAGUCCCGGGAGACGUCGCAGAAGACGGAUGAGGACAACACGCCAAUUCUGGGUGGCUCGCGACUCAUGUUGACCCAGGGUUCCGGGGCACCUGCCAGUCCGAUGCCCUACGGACAGGCCAACGGGCUCACGCCGCAGGCCACCGGGUACCGCGCGUUCUAG